AAUGUCAAAUAUUUUUUGUUGUUAUCUCUCCAUACGCUAUUUAUUUCUAUUUUUUGUGAAAUAAAUUUCAAAAUUAUUUAAAAAAAAUAAUAACAAAUAACCAUCACAAAAAAAUGGAUGAUGAUGAUUUUGAUGAUUUAGAUGAUGUUCUAGCCAACAUCGAAAUACCAUCUGCUCCCAAAAUACCAAAAAUUCAACCAACAACUUUUGCCGCCGCCGAUGAACCAAGUACAAGUUCAAGUUCAAUUGCACAAAGUCAAACUGCAUCAGCUAGUGGAACAAAUGCCACUUCUGCUGCUGCUUCUAAUGAAGAGAAAUCUAAACUACAAGGUCCAUUUAAUUCACAUUGCAUUCAAGUUCAUCCAAAACAAAGAGGCAAUCCUAUUUUAAAGACAAUUUUAAAUUGUCCCUAUGAAUUCCGAGACAUUGUUCCCGAUUAUAUUGUUGGUAAAAAUGCAUGCAUUAUCUAUUUAUCAUUGCAAUACCACAAUCUACAUCCCGAAUAUCUUGUUGGACGUUUAAAAGAACUCGGAAAAGCAUUUCAAUUAAGAGUUUUACUUGUUCAAGUUGAUAUUCCAGAACCACACAAAGCCUUAAAGAGUUUGACUAGAAUAAGUUUACUAGCUGAUCUUACUUUAAUGUUGGCUUGGAAUGCCGAGGAAGCUGGAAAAAUAAUUGAAACCUACAAAUUGUUUGAGAAUAAACCUCCAGAUAUGAUUAUGGAGCGCCCUGAUGCAGAUCCUCAUGCGAAGCUUGUGACAGCUUUAACCAACAUUAAACCAGUUAACAAAACAGAUGCCGUUUCGCUGCUUCAAAACUUUGGCAGUCUAGCAAACAUCAUUAAUGCCAGUCAGGAUAGACUGUCGCUGGUAACUGGGCUCGGUCCACGCAAGGCCAAAAAACUUUAUGAAACUUUGAAUGCUCCGUUUCUUAAUGAAUAAAACAGAAAUAUAUGUAUAAAAAAAACGUUAACUUCUUAAUCAAUUUAAAUCUUAUUUUUAACCUUAUUGAUUACCAGGGAAAGGAUUUGUAUGACCUAAAAAAUCAAAAAAAAGGAAAAUAAAAAUUGAAUAAAAGGCAAAAAAGGCAAUGUUAUUAAAUAAAAAGAAUAAAGAGCUUGAUAUUUAA